GCAAGCGGAAGUAGCAGCGCGGGUUGUCUACUGGUUGCUUAUGAAUACUAUUUCGCGGGAGAGUUCGUUAGCCAGAGCCAGGCUGUCAACACUGACAGUUAUUACAUUCAUAACACAAUGAGUUUGUGGGUGGACAAAUAUCGACCGACGUCACUCGGCAAACUCGACUAUCAUAAAGAGCAAGCGACCCAGCUGAAAAACCUGGUUCAAUGUGGUGACUUCCCCCACUUGUUGGUGUACGGGCCAUCAGGUGCAGGGAAGAAGACCCGCAUCAUGUGUCUGCUGAGGGAGCUGUAUGGAGCCGGGGUGGAGAAGCUCCGCAUAGAACACCAGACCAUUGUGGCUCCCUCAAAGAAGAAAAUUGAGAUUAACACGAUAGCCAGCAACUAUCACUUGGAAGUCAACCCAAGUGAUGCUGGAAACCAGGACCGCGUGGUGAUUCAAGAGCUGAUUAAAACUGUGGCUCAGUCUCAGCAGAUCCAGACAAGCACACAGAGAGAGUUCAAAGUGGUGUUGCUAACAGAAGUGGACAGACUCACAAAGGAUGCCCAGCAUGCAUUGCGCCGAACAAUGGAAAAGUACAUGUCCACCUGCCGUCUCAUCCUCUGCUCUACCUCCACCUCGAAAGUCAUUGGGCCAAUUCGGAGCCGUUGUCUGGCUAUCAGAGUUCCUCUGCCGAGCACAGAAGAGGUCUGCAGUGUUUUGACAUCAAUCUGUAAAAAGGAGGGCCUGCUCCUUCCACCUGAGCUGGCCAAACAAAUCACUGAGAAGUCUGGUCGCAACCUCCGCAAAGCCCUUUUGAUGUGUGAGGCAUGCAGAGUGCAGCAGUAUCCCUUCUCGGCAGACCAAGACGUCCCGCAGACGGACUGGGAGGUCUACCUCAGAGAAACCGCUAACGCCAUCGUCAGCCAGCAAACCCCUCAGAGGUUGUUGGAGGUUCGCGCCAGGCUAUACGAGCUGCUGACUCACUGCAUCCCUCCUGAUAUCAUAAUGAAGGGUCUGGUAACAGAGUUGCUGAGUAACUGCGAUGGUCAGCUGAAGACAGAGGUGGCCCACAUGGCAGCCUACUACGAACACAGACUGCAGCUGGGCAGCAAAGCCAUCUACCACCUCGAGGCCUUCACCGCCAAGUUCAUGGCCAUCUACAAGAAGUUCAUGGAAGACGGUCUGGAUGGGAUGAUGUUUUGACUGAUGAUGUACUUUUCCUCAACAGCCAUUGUUGAUUUUCUGCUAUCUUGAUUUAUUGCCCCGACAAGACUUCCAUUGGACUUAAUACAGGUUUGUAUUAUGUAAGGCUCGGUGGUGACAUGAACAUAACUCACCCAAAAACAAGUCGGUCUUACAGUUUGUUGCUUUUUGCCGUGGAUUGUUGCCCAGAAACUCAACUCAGCACUGCACAUAGUUUGUAAACCUUGAACUGUCACUCUAGUGGGGUUAAACAAUGCAAACUGAGCAGUUUUGAUAGUAGCAGGCAAUUCUUUGUAUUAAAAACAUACUGCGAGGAUGAGAUGUUUCCCUAAAAAUCUGUAUCAGAACAUAAUAAAUUACUUUGUUUA